GUUCUGACUCUGCGGACCGACAACAACGACCACGGCUGAUCCUCCCAUCGUUCGCGCUACCCGAAGGAAUGUCUGAGGCACCCGAAGCCUCUGUUCCCUCGGGUAGUCCACCCGACGCGCCCACUGCUAUUGCAUCACUUUCAAACCCGGCCGGGGCCACUGUCCGUGAUAUUCUCGCUGUAGCGGACGAAGUUCUGUCGCUGGAACGAAAACACGCACCCGAGAAUAAUGAGGCGGAUGAGGCGCUGGAAUGGCAUGAGGUCAUUGAGUUGCAGGCUUUCAUCGAGCGAAAGGCAUGGAUAGAGGCGAAGAUCAAGUUUCUUGAGCAACUCCCACCCAUCGAGGUGUUCGUCGGUCUGGACGCGGUGCGAACGUCCGCCACCGAGGUUCCAGGUCUUCCUACCCGCGAACAGCUUCAGGAGUGGCUUGUGGAACAUGACAAGAUUGAGAAGGAGACCGAGAUUUUUGAUUCUGGCGAGCUGAGGAAACUCAAGAAGUUCACGAAGGCUGCGGCUCAGCGUAAUCUAUCCCCGGCGGAUACAGACCUCAUCGAAAUCACCCUCACGACUAUAUACUCGUUCGACAAACUGCUGCAUCUUCUCCGCGAUAGACUCGACAAUCUCAAUCUACUUGGAGUCAGGAUCACAUGGGAAGAGCGUCGUAUCGGUGCAUGGCAGGAGCUCCGAAAGCUCCUCGAGGACAUGCGCGACUUCCUCGGCACCCGCGCUCGAUGGUCUCCUGCAGUAUACGAGAACUUGGAGACGGAUGACGCAGUUCCAGAAGAGCGCACUCCGAUGAAGAGACGAGGUUCCAUGGUCUCGAUGACUUCGGAAGCCUCGCACGCAAGCAUGCCUGGAUAUUCUCGUGGAGCUCGAUACAAGCUGGCAGAGUCUCUCUCCCAGGAGGCUGCUCAGCUGGCUAGUCGAACGUCUUCGCUGAGACACACUAAGAUCGCUGCUGCUGGAAAGGCCCUCGACAAGCUCAUUGACGAUAGCCGGAGACCCGUACCUGACGAACUUCUGGACGAACAAGACAAGCUGGAAAACGAGGGAAUCGCCGAGAUGGAGGAUAUAGGCAAGUUCGUCAUGCAGAUGGUCAUGCAGUGGAAGAAGGCUGACGAGUUCUACGUCGAUACCCUGAAGGACAAGUCCGAUGCACAGACUCUCUUGGAGGAAAUCGAGGUAGCGAAGCUCAGUCAUCCUACUGCUCGUCAGGAUGCUAGUUUCAUGUCUCGGGCCAGCGCAUUGAGCAAGCGACUAUUACUCCGAGGGAAUCCGUCGUACUCUCCUAUGUUCCCGAAGCCCGAACACCACCACUUCCCAGAGCAGACUAGGUGCACAGACGCGGUUGUCAAAGAGCUCUCCUCGGAGGCUGCAUCCGCGCUACAGCAAGUGAAGAAAGCCGAGGCUUGUGCGAAGGAGUACCAUGCAUUCCUGGAGGCUGUCAAGCAGGUCGAGACGGUUUGCAAAGCUGCCUCUGAUCUGUCAUCCAAAUUCCUCUCCCUCGUCGACCGUAUGGAGAACGGAAUCUCGACUACAAGCGGCGACGGUACUCCUCCAGACUUGUCGACUGUGGCUUGUCUUGACUCCACUCACCAUUCUGUAUUCCUCUCCCUGUUCCCGUCCAUCCUCCAGGAACUCCAGCAGGCCAAUAUCGAGUGCGGGCCGCUGCUUUCGAGAGCUCGCGCCGCCCUCCUCCAAUUGGACUUCCCAGGCGUGGACGUCCAGUUCAAGUCGGACUCUGCUGCGGCCAUCGAUGCCCUCGAAGCGAGCCGUGCUGCCGCUACGAAGGCGAAGGACUUGGUGUCGACCCAUAUCUUCACGCUCACUGAGGUCCGCAAAGUCUGGUCUGCCAUGGAUCAUCUCUUCCACGAAACCGACAAUGCCAGAAGCGAGAUUGUUGACGCCAUGUCCCGUCAGAUGUGGCGGCAACAAGUUCGUCACGAUGCUCCCCCCACUCCCGAAAGUCCCGCGAUGUCCCUUCCUGCUGUGUCUACUUCGCCUACUCAGGUGACCGAGCGGUUAACGCAACUUCGCACGCGACUCACGCAGGAGGUCUCUAUGCCGCUGUCUACUCUCAACCCUUCUCUCAGCCUCGCCUUGCGGGAGUAUCUCACCCGCUCGUCUUCUGCGCUGGAGACGUUGCUGAAUACCACCAAUGACACGGCUCAAUUCUGGGAGGCGGUUCAAAAGCAGGCGGCCAUGAUGGGUUCAGUUCGGGACGAAGUCCAGUCUUUCCAGAUGCGCACCGAGGACCUUAAAGUCCGCUACGACAAGGCCGCGCAGGACACCUUCGCCGGGACGCUCGAUGAGGAUGCUAUCUCGCAGACGGAGCAGAGUCUGGCCGCAGAGCUUGCCUCCACGAAGUCCGCCAUCCAAUUAUUCUUGGAUGAGCUUCCGCGUCGCAUCCCAUUCGUCCACGAGGACAAGCUUGUUGGGCUAUCAGAGCGGACUUCGACGAAACGUCGGGCGGCUAUCCCCGGAGCGUUCAGCUUGGACACUAUACAGCAGGCUGCUCAGCCUAGUCUUCCGUUCGAUCCUGCAGCUCUCGACAAGGGCGUUCGUACCGAUUCGAACACGUACAGCAUGAUGUUGUCGGGUGCGAUGAAGACCCUCGAAUCCAAGGCUGCCUACUUCCAGCUCGCAAAGAGGGCCCACGUGGUCGAUGUCGUUCUUGUCCCGCUUGUAGAUCACCUGGCACGCGCUAACGACCUCGUUACUACCGUUCAUGCAACGCUCACCCAAGGCGAGGAACGUAUUUCCUCCGACCAUCUCUCAGAACUUGCGUCUAAUCUCGAGGAUGCCUCCAAGACCCAAGAGUCGUCUGUCGAGCAGGCACUCUCUCCCGUUCGCGAGGCACUUCAGGUCCUCCGUUCCACUCCGGGUCUGUCCGAUUCUAGCGCGAAGGAUGCCGUUGUCUCUACUCGACAGAGGGCAGUUGAGAAUGCCGAAUCCCAGUUCAUCUCGUGGAAGAAGAGCAUCGCCAGUCUGAAGCAGCAGCUUUCCGACGCCCACAAAGCCGAGCUACACCGUGUCGCCGAGGAGACAAGGCUGCGCGAAGAACAGGAGCGUCUCGAGGCGGAAGCGGAAGCGCUUCGGGCGCGUGAGGCCGCUGCAGCUGUAGAAGCCGAACGCCUGGUCGCUCUCGAACAGGCUAGGGUUGAACGUGAGAAGGCAGACGCGGAGGAGAGGGAACGACGGGAACGCGAGCGGGCUGAGUUGGAGGAGAGGGAGCGGCAGGAGCGGAUCGCCCGAGAGAAAGCUGAGGCCGAGGAACGGGAGAGGCGCGCGAGGGAAGAGGAGGAGGCCCGCGCUCGACGCCUACAAGCUGAGGCUGAGGAGAGGGCGCGUCGUGAACAGGCCGAGAUGGAGGAGAGGGCAAGACGCGCGAAAACAGAGGCUGAGGAGAGGGCGCGACGAGAGGCCGAGGAGGAGCUAAGACUGGAGAGGGAGAGGGUCGAACGGGAGAGAAUGGAGAAGGAGAGACAAGAUCAAGAGAGGCUAGCGAAGGAGCGGGCCGAGAAGGAAAGACAUCAGCAACAGCUAGAGAGGGAGAGGGCGGAGGCAGAAGAGCGUGCGCGGCUAGAGCGGAAGAGAGCGGAGGCCGAGGAAAGAGAACUGCGCGAACGACAAGAGGCUGCUGAACAUGCUGCGCUUGAGGAGCUGGAGAGACGCAGGCUAGAGACUUUGCGUCUUGCCGAGGAGUCGGCGGUCACCGACAGUCCUUUAGAGACCGUCGAAGAACUGAGCUUCAGUGCAGAUGACAUCUUCUCAGUGCGCACGACAACCUCUGGGCUGAGCUCCGAGAUGAGCGAGCUUAGCUCACGCAUAUUCUCCUUCCGGAAGCGGCUGAGGUCUAUCGGGAUCAACGAUGCCGCUCGACCCAGCUCGAGGUCCAGUGCCGAACUGCCUACGGACGAUGCUCGCAAGACCAUGGUGCAGGCCUUCUCAAUACUUGCAAAUGAGGUUUUGCAGCUUCCUCGAUCGGUACCCGAUGAGCCAGUUGUUAACGCUGACCUCCGGUCUUUGAGGAGCGAGAUGGAGGCGUCCAAAGAGCUGUUGACAAGGGUUCACCACUUAGCUGACUUCUCACUCUUGCUGAACGACUGUGACGAGGCUCUCAGCGAUCUCCUGGAGCACAUAGACAGUUACCCAGCCCCCCCAGUCGGCCCUCUCGCAGCGAUUCACCGAUCUAACACUUCUUUGACCCCGGAAGAUCAGCUCUCGGCUCGUCUCACCUUUACCCGCGACGUUCUUUCGCGCAUGAAGACUCUCGCGCGUACUCUCUCUGACGACAGGCGGGUACCGGCCGAGCACGAGCGUGUCUUGCAGACCUGGUCAGAGCUAGAAGCAAUGGCUCUCGACCGUAUCAAUGGUCAGAAGUCCCGACCGUCGAGCGUGAUCAGCUCGGGGCGCAGCAGCCGUGCCUCUGUCAUGAAGAGUUCCUCGCAUUCCAGCAAGCCUACGGAUAGCCCACGGAUACGUGCGAGCUUGGACGUACCUCGUCCUCGACAUAGCCUUGACAAGAAGGGAAGCUUUUCCAAGCUUUCUGCUUCUCCCAAGUUCCUCGUUCCACCCUCCCCUAACCCCAACGCACGCCGUGCCGCUUCCGGCUCCUCCGUCAGUACGAGUGCGCAGACGCGCAGCUCUAGUCGGAUGUCCGUUGCCUCGUCAAUCCGCUCUGUUUCGGGGCCUAUGUCAGGCUCAGGCAGCAGCGGUUCGCUAUAUGGGUCGACGUUCUCGUCCAGGCAACGGACAAAUAGCACUACGUCGAACAGCUCACUAUUUACUCCACCCAUGCCAAGGCGUCCGCCGCCGUCAACAGGCUCAAUAUCUCGUCCACGAGCACAGACAGGCGGUACUCGCGCGAGCUCGCCAGCGUAUUCGGACGCAGGGAGGUCGACGGGCAGGUCCAGCCUCAACCUCCCACGGCCCUCGACGUCGACUUCACAUUCUACAUGGGGGCGUGCCCCGCGUUUGUCCUUCCCCACACCGCACCAGUCUCCGCCUUCACGCAUACCCACCGCUAAGCCAAGAAAACCGUAUGUCGCGAAUCCGAAGAACAAGCUCGAUGUCGCCAUUGGGGACGUAGUGAACAAGCUCCCCGUGGAUAUCAAGAUCGAGCUCGUUGCAGACACAUGGAAGGAUCAGAGUGGAAAGUAUUGGAUUGGAGACACGGAGCCCAAGCUCUGUUUCUGCCGCAUCCUGCGGUCUCAGACCGUUAUGGUCCGAGUCGGCGGUGGAUGGCAAGAGCUAUCGAGGUUCAUCAAGGACCACUUCGCGGAUGCAUUCAGACUGUUGCAAGACACUUCCCCGCCUCGAUUAGCUUCGAGAGAGGAGAAAUGGAUCAACUCAUCGACGCUUGCGCAGGCGGCCGAGGCGAUAUCCCCAAUGGUGCCACCGAAGACGCCAGAGCCCCAAGGCCCUUACCUUCCUUCGUUUGCUCUCUCAACCCCCAGCGGGAAGAGCCCGCAGUCGCUGAAGACGACCCCUUCUCCGGGAUCUCCACUACACGCUCUGCAAUUCAUUCGACGCGCGGAGAUGGGAGACUUGUCGUACCGUCCGGAAACCCCUACGAGGUCAACGCGGAGCGGAACUUCGUCGGUGCUGCACACUCCCGCCCGCCACCAUCCCCAUUCACAGCCCGCUUGGCGACCAUGACCCUGAAAAUGGACCAAAUCUUUUGUGUACUCAAUGUUAUCUGACACGAUCCCCACUGUUUCCGAGCAUACUGUGAUACUGCUGUGCAUCACCAUAUACUUCUUCCCAUCUUCAUCCAGUCCACGUUGGGUCUCAUUCUACAUCCACAGAUGCAUGGACAUUUACUGUCGCUGCGAACAGAGGGGACGGACGCGGUAUUGGAGUCGUACGUAACCAUUUGACUCGAAGCGGUAUUUAAUGACUUUGAUGUUGUUAGCU